AACAAAUUUAGAUUCAAUAGAACCUGGUUCGGAGUAACAUUGUCCACCGCGACAGUAAACCGCACCAGUCUGGUUCAAAGUCUACGUUGGAGUUCUUACUUAUAUAUGGCGUCUCACUCGAGCAUAUCCGACACACGAGUCUGUCCACCCGUCAGCAACAUGGAGGAGCCGGCAGCGGACAGCAUUACUUUGGAGGUUCUCACCGAGGCUCGUGAGACGGUCACUUGCAGCCCUCUGGGCGUGAUCAACACUCCGAUGAUCCCCUGGUGCCAGACCACACUUCCGCUCCACGUGCCAUGCAACAUUUAUUUAAAGUUGGAGAACAUGCAAAGGACUGGUUCCUUUAAGAUCCGGGGCGUCGCAAAUCAGUUCUCACGAAGAUCCAAAGGGGACCAUUUUGUAACGAUGUCUGCUGGGAAUUAUGGGAAGUCGUUUGGCUAUGCCUCUAAGCACUUUGGGAUAAAAGGCAAAGUGGUGAUGCCUGACACAGCCCCCGUGUCUAGAUCACUGCUAAUACAACAGACUUUUGGUAUUGAAGUUGAACGCGUGCCAACAUCAUGUCUUCUGAAUGCAGUCAAUCGAUGUGUUCGAGAAGACAACAUGACUUUCAUGCAUUCUUAUAACGACCCAGACCUCAUAGCAGGACAUGCCAGUCUUGGUUUUGAGAUCCUGGAGGUGGUUCCUAAUCCAGAGGUUGUAGUGGUGAGCUGUGGUGGAGGGGGCUUACUGGCUGGAGUGGCAGCUGCCAUUAAACUUUCAGGUUGUGAGAAGACAAGAAUUUAUGGAGUGGAGCCAGAAGAAGCAUGCACCAUGUACAGGAGCUUCAUUGAGAAGAGACCUGUUGGUAUGGACAGUAAAAGCAUUGCUGCCGGUCUUGCUCCGCCUUCUGCAGGUGCGCUGCCGUACGUGUUGUGCCAAAAGUACGUGGAAGAGAUCGUGCUGGUGACGGACGAGGAAAUCAAGUCUGCCGUUUCCACUCUGUACAAAGCCGGUCUGGUUGUGGAGCCAUCAGGCUGUGCCGCUUUAGCUGCCCUCGUUAACGGCAAGAUUCCCGACGUCACUGGCAAAAACGUUGUGGUCGUCCUGAGUGGAGGGAAUAUUGGCAAAGAUGAGCUCACCAAGUUCCCGGAUUGAGUUAUGGAGCAGCAAUAAUUUAGGUUGUUUUAUGAAUAGGACCUUUGAAGUAUAGAUUACAUGUUUUCAUUAAUACAUUACAUAAUGAACAUACAUUAUGUAAUACAUUAUAUAAUGAACUUAAUUGAUUAAUAAAAAAAAGUAUACAUAUUGAAAUACAUCAUAUGGUUGUCUGUUAACAUAUUCAGAGUUCCCUAUUUAUAAUUGUUUUCAGAAGUAAUCUCACCUUGCAUCUCUGAUGUGCAUAAAGGUUGUGGUUUUGCUAUCCAUGCCAACAAAAAAUAAAUACCACCAUCUGCUGUAUUGCCCUUAUAAGUUUCUUAAUAAAGUGUCAGUGUAAAACUUUU